UGUUCGGAAUCCACUAGAUGACAUUGCUUCGGCAGCCGUUGAACUGGUGUCGACGUUUUCGCCUGCGAACACAGAUGACGUAACUCACGAUCAUGCACUCAUGUUAUUUUCCUUAUUGUAUAUAAUGAUAUCCUUUUUUCGGAAGUUAUCAAUUGGCGGCAAGAUAAAAGAUGGUAUAUUGCCGGAGGAGAUCAUGGGGACCGCCGAGGAUGUCUCGAUAGCAAGGAAUCACAGCGAUCUGGCAUUAAAGACGGAUACCGAGUUGAAGGAAUCGGUUUACGAUUUACUGAGGACGAUUAAGGACCCUGAGAAGCCGCAAACCUUGGAACAGCUGGAUGUCGUUUACGAAGACUGCAUAAAGAUUUGCCAGGACACACCCAGAGGCACAUCCGUGAUUCGGGUAGAAUUUAAUCCCACAGUGCCGCACUGUUCGUUGGCGACGCUUAUAGGACUGUGCAUUCGUGUUAAACUGGAACGUCAUUUGUUAGCGUCGUUUAAAUUGGACAUUUACAUCAAGAAGGGUGCACAUUCCACGGAACAAGAAAUUAACAAGCAAAUCAAUGACAAGGAACGCAUAGCGGCCGCAAUGGAGAAUCCAAACUUGCGAGAACUGGUGGAGAAAUGUAUAUUAGAGGAGGACUAUUAGCGUUUUAUGCAAUCAAAUGUUUCCAGGACUUUUUAGAAUUUUAAUCUCACAUAUAUUGCGAUAUAAUGUGUAAAUAAAUAAUAUAUAUUUUGUUUAUUACUGUAAUUG